AUGCUGGUGCUGCACCCCUCUUCGACUUGCGAUGUCUGUCUGGAGACGUACAAUAAUGAACGGGACCCACACUCAAUAUCCUGCGGGCACACGUUCUGUCUGAGGUGUCUGCACCUGCUGACCCGACGAUGCUGCCCUCUCUGCCGGAGAGACUUCGAUCCAGGUGAAGUUCGCCGCCUGCAUGUCAGUAAGGAUGGUCGUUCGGCGAACCCUGCGCCCUCAAACGUGACAAUCAACGAGUCCUCUUCACAUGCGCAGCAAUGGCUGAAGAGAAUUACGCGUAUAGUACGUGAAGGCGCACUGGCUUCGGAGGUUAGCCAGGUACUCGAGGACGUACAUCAAUGGCUCAUGACACAAGGGCCUGACGAGCACGCAGAUCUCCGCUCUGCACACUUACUUCUCUAUCAAUAUACGCACCUGCAGAGCAAGUGCGCGAAGGAGAGGCAAGCUCUCGCUGAUCUGCAACGGACAUGCCACGAUAUAGAGGAGCAAAUACGCCUAGAAAGAGAAGCCGCUGAUGCACGGUACCAGGAUCUCGAGCGAUCAAGGGCUGAAGAACAAGCAGCUGCGCAGGCAGCAGAGAAGAGCUUGCGAGAGCGGCACGACGAGAUGGACAAGGAAUGGAGCGGUCUUAUUAGGAAAUAUGAGGCUUGUCUGGCUGAAUGCCGCAAACUCAGUGAGGAGCUGCAGGAACUAAAACGGACACGCCACAACCCCCUCCCCACUCCACCUCGCCUUCUGGAAACACGAUACUUCUACGCUGCUGACCGGAACAUUUCGAGCCUCGAACUGCUCCCAGACGCUGAUGAACGUCAAAAAGAUUCUACGAACAUGAUUAAGGUCCAGGUCGGGAAUAAAGAGGAUGUGUUCCGCUUGUCGCCGGUUCCGCCGACGUUACCCAUCCCAUCGCUGCCGACACCCGUCUUCCCCCCUCUGAAGGAGCGAUCGGAUGAUCAAAAUGACGACAAAGAUAAAGCGGGGGAGAGGAUGAUGACAGGUUCUUAUGUCUUCGGAUCGACUCCACCGAUUCCAAUGAAACAUAGCAUCCAUCGUGCACCGAGCAGCUCCUCCCUUCUCAGCCGACUCGACGACCCUAUGUCUCAGUCUCUCACCCGCAGCAUUCUCGAUGUCCACAUGGGGAGCUGCUCGUGCUCUCCGAGCUCGUCUAUCCUUAAUGUUUCCAUGCGCGAACGCCAGGAGCCGGUCAUUUCUAGACCUCUUGACGCUCACAGACCAUCCGUUGGGUCUAUGGUCAACUCUCGUGAGCAGGAGGAGCGGCGCGAGCGGGCGUGCGCUCAGCUGCGUGACUUGCUCAAUGAUCCUUCUCCCUCUUCUGACAGAGCCAUCGACUCGAGCCUUGCUAAGCAGGACUCCUCCGAGGUCGAAAAUCCCACUUCGACAGUUAAAUCGCUGUCUCGUUCGAGUACCUUGCAUCGCCCGAGUACGGUGCAAUGGGCCAGCGAGGCUGCCAAGGCUGCUCAGCGAGCUCGUUCAUCUUCUACAAGCACGAAUGCGUCCCCGACCGCUCCUCAGGCUGCCUCCCAACCCUCGUCUCAGAUGCCCCUACCAAGGGAUCGUGACAUCUUACCACCCUCACAGAGCUCGUCUCAGCCUCUGAGACCUUCGCAAUCUCGUAAAAUAUCUACCGAAAGCUUUAAGACGGGAGCGUCUCACGCGGCAGCAUCUGGUCUGACACGCAGCUUGUGGGCUACUCAGGAACCCACUAGGGUCUCAUGA